UCUACCCUCUUUCUGCCCUUCUCGUCUCAGAAAAAGACGCCUGUGAGUAUUUGUCACCUACUGUAUAAGACAGAUUAGACAGUGGGAGACACACAUACCUGCAACCAUGUCUGAAGGGACUGCGAAACCAAAGCCAAAAAUCUCGGCAUCUCGCAGGCUGUUCUUGAAGACCAAACUGCUAAAGAAGGCCAUGACCAUGCUGGAUCAAGAAAAGCAAGUCAGAAAAGACGAACGAGCGCGAACCCUCGCUGAGAGAUGCCCAGAACUCCAAAUGUCAGGCCUGUCUUUGCAGGAUCUACAGACUCUUUGCAAGGAGCUUCACCAGAAAAUCGAUGUGGUAGAUGAAGAGCGAUAUGACAUUGAUUCGAAAGUGAUGAAAAAUACCAGGGAGAUACAGGACCUGUCUCAGAAGAUCUUUGAGUUGAAGGGCAAGAUGAAGAGACCGGCUCUGAAGAGGGUGAGGGUGUCUGCUGACGCCAUGUUGGGAGCUCUGCUGGGCGCUAAGGUCAAAGAGUCUGUCGACUUCAAGGCUAACCUCAAGACUGUGAAGAAAGAGGAGGAGAAGAAAGAGGAAGUGACCGACUGGCGUAAGAACGUGGAUGCCAUGUCUGGUAUGGAGGGCAGAAAGAAGCUGUUUGAUGCUGGGCAGUAGAUUUCAUGGUGAAUUUCUUUUGUGGAGAUGUUUUGCUGCUCUGCAACAGGUGGAAACACUGAAUCAUGUGACUGCUGUUCACUUUAUAAAGACAGUGAAUGAAGUGAAGAUCAGGGUAAUUAAUACAUUUUGGCACAGUUCCAAGUGUCUGUAUUAAGUGUCAGGUGUUUAACUUUGCAUUAAUUUAUGUAAUACAUACAGUUUUUUACAUAAUGUAUGAUGUAUUAUGAAAAACAUAUGUAUAUAUUACAGCACUGUAUUGCUGUUGUAGUUCCUGGCAUGCAUAUGAUUCAUAAACACAGCACAACUUCUGGCUGUCCAGGUCACUUGUAGUAUUGUUACUGGCUUGUCUUUUGACCUCUGCUAUAUGCAAUAAUAAUAGAUAACAACAUAAAACAACAUUUCUGUGUAUUCUUGAGUUUUUUAAGACAAGAAAGUGGCUGUUGGAUCAAAUGAAUACACAUUCAAAGGGCAGCUGAUACUGGCAAUCAAGUGUUCAUGGAGUCACAUAAACUGAGAAUCGGUGAAAAUGAAUGUGGCAAUAAAUUUUAGACAUUAUGUUGAGGGGAGACAGUUUAAUGAAUAAAAAGGAAAUGGUAUUGCUCAAAAAA